AUGUUGAGUAGUCAAAGACCUCUCUUCUCAAACUCAACAUUGAAGAUAAUGCCGGCCACGAGUGUAAUUUUUCCGACAAUAGACUUGGGAGAGGUUUCUGAUGAGAUCUUGAAUCAGAAACUCCGUGAAGCCAGCGAGAGAUGGGGAUGCUACAGGGUGAUUAACCAUGGAGUUUCUUUGUCUCUGAUGUCUGACAUGAAGAAGACCAUUAUGGAUCUCUUUGAGCGUCCAUACGAGGUAAAAAUGCGUAACACUGAUGUGCAACAAUGGAGUGGUUACACGGCUCAAAGCGAAAUCAAUCCUUAUAAUGAAGCAUUGGGUCUCUACGACACGGCUUCUCCUCAAGCUGUCAACACUUUUUGUGACCAGCUCGAGGCUUCUGCGGAACAAAGGGAGAUUAUGGUGAAGUAUGCUGAAGCUAUUCGUGGGCUUGCAAAAGAUCUAUUAAGGAGACUAGCAGAGAGUUAUGGUUUGGCUGAUACUACCAACUUCUUCAAAUCUUGGCCAAGCGUGUUCCGUAUACACAAGUAUCAUUUCAAAGCCGAGGCAGUUGGGAAACCUUCUGGUGUGAAUUUACACACAGAUUGGGGGUUCUUGACGAUACUUCAAGAUGAUGAAAACGUUAGUGGACUUGAAGCCAUGGACCCUUCUUCAGGAACGUUCUUUCCCUUACCCCCGUUAGCAAAUUCACUUGCUAUCAACCUAGGGGACAUGGCUACAAUAUGGAGCAAUGGAAGGUUAUGCAAUGUGAAGCAUAGAGUGCAAUGCAACGAAGCUAAAACAAGGUUCUCUAUCGCUUCCUUCUUGUUGGGACCAAUGGAUACAGAUUUGGAAGCUCCAAGUGAGUUUGUGGAUGCUGAACAUCCGCGACUGUACAAGGCUAUUAGUCACAAAGGGUAUCGAAGUCUUAGAAUGGCAACGAAUUUACAUGAUGGAGAAGCUCUCAAGCUUAUAUCCUAUGAAUGAAUGAAUAUGAUGUAAUGCCAUAAA